CGGGCUUAGGCUUUGCACAUGAACGGAUCUAUUAAAGUACACAUUAUUUUUCUUUGUUAAAAUAUUGAAAUCGAGCUGGCGUUCUUUCGCACUUUCUGUACCGAAGUGAAAAUGGCCCUGCCACGUGUGUAUUUCGACAUUAAUGCCGGAGGGGAGAAACUUGGACGAAUCGUUAUGGAGCUACGUUCCGAUGUUGUUCCCAAGACGGCGGAGAACUUCCGUGCUCUGUGCACUGGGGAGAAGGGCUACGGCUACAAGGGAUCUCCAUUCCAUCGAGUUAUUCCAAAUUUCAUGUGUCAAGGUGGUGAUUUCACCAAUCAGAAUGGCACAGGCGGACGUUCCAUCUAUGGCAAUAAGUUUCCCGAUGAGAACUUUCAGCUGAAACAUACUGGACCGGGUGUACUUUCGAUGGCUAAUGCUGGACCAAAUACAAAUGGAUCGCAGUUCUUUAUAUGCACUGAGAAGACCACUUGGUUGAAUAACAAACAUGUCGUAUUUGGUCAAGUCGUUGAAGGUAUGGAUAUCAUACGAAAAGUCGAGGGAUUUGGUUCCAACAACGGCACAACUACAAAGAAGAUAAUUAUUGAGGACUGUGGCGCCCUGUAAAUUAUAUAAUUGAAUUAUUAGUUCAAUUUGAUUUAAAAUAAAGUAUGUUAUAAAG